GCGCUGAUCCUCCUCCGUGUCGGGAAGGCGUGCUGUCACAGAUUCACCAAACGCUGCUCGUGUUUUAUUUUCUGCCCCAACUCCCCGCAGGAUAAAAAGCUCCGCAGCUUGGACCCAACAUGGGUUAGAGAGAAAGCCACCUAUGGAUUAUCCACUUUGUGCACUUCGCCGAGGAUGAUGGGGGGAGAGACGGACUUGUUUUCGCAGAGACAUCCUGACAAAGACGGGGACUGAGAGGGAACAGAUCGGGAUUCGCUGCUUCUCUCUGUCUCGCUUUACAUCUUUGUCUCUUUUAUUAUUUUUUUCUUAUUUUUUUAAAUAAUUUCUCCACGUGCGUGAGGGGCAGAGAAAUGUUUGCAGAAUUGCUGUGCGGCGCCGUGGCUCUGGUCCUGUAUGUCAACACUCUGGGCGCCGAUUUCUGCUACGAUGACAGCCGUGCAAUCAAGACUAAUCAGGACCUGCUUCCAGAGACCCCAUGGACUAAUAUCUUCUACGAUGACUUCUGGGGCACCUUACUCACACACAGCGGCAGCCAUAAGUCUUACCGGCCCCUCUGCACCCUCUCCUUCCGCCUAAACCAUGCUGUGGGUGGGCUGGAGCCCUGGGGUUACCACCUGGUUAACGUGGCCCUCCACGGAGCCGUGACAGGCCUGUUCACCUCCCUGGCUCGCCUGCUGCUCGGAGGAGGCCUGUGGAGCCUGCUGGCGGGCCUUCUCUUCGCUUCUCACCCCAUCCACACCGAGGCGGUGGCGGGCGUCGUGGGCCGGGCUGAUGAAGGCGCUGCCCUGUUUUUCUUGCUGUCCCUGCUGUGCUACAUGCGUCACUGCAAGCUGCGGGGCCACGCCGGGCCCUGGCGGCUCCUGGCCUGGUUCCUGGGCAGCCUGGUCUGCGCUGCGUGCAGCAUGCUGUGGAAGGAGCUCGGAGUGACCGUCCUGGCCGUGUCGGCGCUGUACGACGUGUGUGUUUUCCACAAGCUCAAACUGCGACAGGUCAUCAUGCUCCUCUACAAGAGAAAGAACGUCCACCUGCUGCUGAAUGUGUUUUUGCUGGCAGCCUGGGGAGCCAUCCUAUUGGCCUGCCGAUUCUACUGGAUGGGUAACAAACCGCCCAACUUCUCCAACUCUGACAACCCGGCAGCUGACUCCCCCUCGCCCCUCACCAGGACGCUGACGUUUUUCUACCUGCCUGCUGUCAACUUCUGGCUUCUACUUUGCCCGGACAUGCUCAGCUUUGAUUGGUCAAUGGACGCCUUGCCUUUGAUCAGGAGCCUUGCUGAUUGGAGGAACAUUCACACGGUGGGCUUCUACCUUGCAUUGCUCCUGCUGGCUUGGUUCAGCCUGUGGACGCACCACACCGGUAAAGGCAAGGAGAGUAAUGGCAAAGCGCAUCAUUACACCAAUGGCAGAAAUGGGAACAGUAACGGACAUAGUUACCAAUACAACAAUCACGAACAUAUGAACAAUUCCAACACAGACGCUUGCAUUAACAGUGCACAGAAUGGUACCAAAAAGUACUAUGAGAGCAGGACUUCACUGCCCACCACUGAAAAUGUCGUGGUGUUCUCUCUGGGCCUGCUGGCUAUCCCUUUCCUCCCUGCCACAAACUUGUUUUUCUAUGUGGGGUUUGUGAUAGCAGAGAGAGUACUCUACAUCCCCAGCAUGGGCUUCUGCUUGCUGGUGGCGGUGGGCGUGAGGUCUCUGUACGUCCGUCUGCGGCGCAGGUCCACCAGGGCCAUGUUGGUGUACUGCAGCGCUGCCAUGGUUCUUCUUUUCAGUGUCAAAACUGUAUUGAGGAACCGGGACUGGCAGAAUGAGGAGAUGCUCUACAAGUCAGGGAUUUAUGUCAAUCCUGCUAAAGCAUGGGGCAACCUUGGAAACGUCCUGAAGAGCCAGGGCAAGAUGGAGGAGGCUGAACAGGCGUACAGAAAUGCCCUCUAUUACCGCAGCAACAUGGCUGACAUGCUGUAUAACCUCGGUUUGCUGCUACAGGAGAGCAACAAGUUCUCAGAGGCGCUCCACUACUAUAAGCUGGCCAUUGGGAGCCGGCCAACUCUGGCUUCGGCCUACUUGAACACGGGCAUCAUCCUGAUGAAUCAGGGUCGCCUAGAUGAGUCCAAGCGCACCUUCCUGACCUGCGCCGACAUCUCAGAUGAGAACCUGAAGGACCCCCACGCACACAAGAGCUCAGUCACCAGCUGCUUGUACAACCUGGGCAAGCUGCUCCAUGAGCAGGGACACCAGGAGGAGGCCCUCACAGUGUUUAAAGAAGCAAUACAGAAAAUGCCAAGACAAUUUGCACCACAGAGCCUCUACAACAUGAUGGGAGAGGCCUACAUAAGACUAAACAAGCUGUCUGAUGCUGAACACUGGUACAGAGAGUCCCUGCGAGCCAAGCCGGACCACAUUCCAGCACACCUCACCUACGGCAAACUCCUGGCUAUGACGGGGCAGAAAACAGAAGCGGAGAGGUACUUCCUGAAGGCCAUCCAACUGGAUCCCACAAAGGGCAACUGCUACAUGCAUUAUGGUCAGUUUUUGUUGGAGGAGUCGCGGCUGCUGGAGGCGGCGGAGAUGGCAGAGAAAGCCGCGCGCCUCGACAGCGGGGAGUUUGAUGUGGUCUUCAGUGCGGCCCACAUGCUCAGACAAGCCAGCCUGAAUGAGGCAGCCGAGAAGUAUUACGGACAAGCAGCGAGCCUCAGACCCAAUUAUCCUGCCGCCUUGAUGAAUCUGGGGGCGAUCCUCCACCUCAACGGGAAGUUGCAAGAAGCUGAAGCCAAUUACCUCCGAGCACUUCAACUGAAACCGGAUGACACCAUCACCCAGUCCAACUUGCGUAAGCUGUGGAACAUCAUGGAGAAACAGGGCCUGAGGACCAUGAGCCCCUGAGCUCACCCUGCCCGCCUACCUGCCAUCUGCACGCCAGACCUGGGGGGGAAAAGGACGGCCUACACGCUCCUCAUUCGCUCUUCUCAUCCAGGAAAGACGGAAGAGACUCAGGGAGGAUGUUUGCUCAGAGAGGCCAUGACUGUGCAGCACAGCCCUCCUAAUAACUCCUGAGCUCUGCAUACACCUCAGGCCAGCAGCAGAAGCAUUGCUCACAGUUUGGCAGGCACUGCGUGGUAUUUGGACUCUUUAGAACUUUGUUCAAAAUAAGUGCUCUCACAAGAACCACGUUUUUGUUUUUUUGUUUUUUUGUUUUAUAACUAGAGCACUUGAACUUGAAGCGAGACCAUAGGUACAUUCUUCAACAUUUGUGAUGAAUUAGGGUUUUCUAAAUAAGCAAUUGUAGUUCAAAGGGGUGAAAUUUGUCCCUGAGCAGUGUGAGAUAAAAUAUAAAAGAAAGGAAAGAAUCUCAGAGCACUGCACUGAGGGCAUUUUCAAUCACCAUUUAAUGAAGUUCUUGGUUUUAUCAGACGUUCAAUCUUGUUAAUGAAGGAAAAAAAGGCAAUAUGAAGACUUGGAAUCCAUCCAGAAUCACCAGAUUAAGUUUUUAGGUUACUAAAAUCUCAAUCUAAAACUUUGUUUUUUCCUCAUGAGAUUACACACACUUCAUCAUAAAGACAUGAAAAUUCACACCAUCAUUGCAAACCAUUUGUAGCAGAUGUCCUGAUAUUUGGUGAAAGCUUGAAAAAGGGAAUUUAAUAUGGUAGCCAUUACAGCACAACAAUAGCCUCUAAAAGCUCCACGAAGGCUGGACUUUGCCAAAAACAGUAUGUUUUGGCAAGAAAACUCAAAAGCAAAGGAAAUGGGACUCUUUUCGCAUUGUACUGCCUUAUUAUAAAAGGUGUGAAUCUUCUCUAGCAGUGUACAGUAGCAUACAGGUGACAAUUUUUACCACCACUGCCUCUUGUUCUGCACUGGCAAAGAAGCCAAGUCACCAUGGUAACUCAUUUGUCGGCAACAGUAAAAAGCUAUGAAUGGAAAUAUAAAAAAAACCUUCCUGUGGAAGUCACAGACAACAAAGAGGCAGGUACUAAAGUCUUGAGUACACGUCUCCCCACACGUCUGGAGCGUUCACACCGAUGAGAGUUCUUCUAACCAAAUACAAACGCUAUGCCGAUGCACACCUUUUCAUCACAGAUAUAGCACGGCUGAGGGAAAUGUUUUAAUGCCUAUGUUUUUUGUUGGAAUAAAACUAAUUUCAUUGUGUUUGUAUAAAUGAAUCCUAAUAUAUACCUACAUUGUAUAUAUAGUAUACAGAAAAUCUUGCAGCAAAAAAGUAGCCAGACUUAAAGCGGACGCUCAGAUACUGAGCAAGUUUGGUUCGUCACAUGAAGUAUUUCCCAUAAUGUCAAAGCUCAGUCUUAAGGUCUCAUUUUGUAUAUAUUCUGUGUAAUUAACAUCUAUCUGUUUGUUUGUUGUUGCCAGCAUACGGUAAGUGAAACAGCACCUUGCGGGAAGUAAGAAUAUGUACAGUAUUUGUGAUCAUUUGUUUGUCAUUGGCCACAAACCUCCUGAACUAUCUGUGUCCUUAGUUUAUACAUUGUAAGUUAUUGCUUUGUGUUACCUUAGCAACAGAACCAGCUGGCACUGUGUUUUUUACAUGUAAAAUGAAGGAAGUUGGCAGAUGUGAUGUACACGAGUACAGUGGAGGAUAAAACAUUGAAUAUAUGUCACAAUGGUGUCAACACUGUUCUGUUUUUGACUGUGAUGGUCACUAGUGAUAUGUCCGGUAAGAUAAUGACAGUUCAUUCCUGCCCCCGCACCUCACACACCCCAUAGUCAAAGAGCUCGCUAAGUUCUCCUGUGUAUAUAAAGUGUUUAUGAACAAACACUGAUCAUUGUUACUGCUUGAGUGAAGAUGUAAAAAACUCUGUGUCUCUGCUCAGGGAUCUCAAGCGGUGGGUUAUUGCAGAAACUUGUUCACAGAGCGUUUACUAAAUUAAAGAUUUAUUUUUGAAAGUUGUUGUAUUUGUAUAAAUUAUCAAGAUUUGUAGCCUUUUUCUCCUUUUUGUAAUAUAAAGAUGAACAAUGUGCCAGAAUAGACUUCUUUUCUUCCCAAUGUUACUUUUUUUUCCACAAUAAAUUUAUGGUGU